AUUUCUGACAAUUUGCGAAAGUGAGAUUUGCUGGUCUCAGUCUCACUACACUUUUUCCUGCCCGUGGUCGAGGGCAUUUUGGGCAUUUGCUGGUUUCCUCUGUAUCCAGCGCAAGCCUCUCUACUUGAGGCUCUUUGUUCGCCCAUACUUGCUCUGUGUGUUUCAAGUCAUUCCCUAAACACUUUCCAUCACAAUGCCGCACCCUACGUCGCCGCCGACCAUGGUCGCCAAAUCCGGCGAAACCCCUCCCCCACCAACCCAAGACGAGGUUUCUUCAAUUAUCCACACGAUUUUCACUGCGCCAACUUCUGCUGCCUCGGUCGAUGCUUCCUACGCUCUGUGCGAAUUGCUUCUGAACACAACUGGCUUUCAAGGUGUCAACAAGUAUGGCGUCCUCGCAGAGAUCAAAAAGGCUGUGGCCGAUAAGAAGUCAGCUGGGAGACGCGAAGGAAGUAUGAACUGCCUAGGCGCCCUCUUCGAGAAGAUGCCCGCACGACAGCCCUUGAGCGAGUUCAUCUUUCUUCUCCAAGAUGGUGGCAUGCUCGCCCCCGCACUCGAUGCCCUGUCAGACAAAGGCACUGCCGUCAAGGAAUCAGCGCAAUACGCUAUCGAUGCGCUUUUUGGCCAUCUCAGCGCCGAGGCCAUGGUAGUGGGCUUGCUGCCAGCACUCAUCGCCUACAUGCUCAAGAGGACGGGCAAAUGGCAAGGCAGAGUCGGUGCAUUGAAGCUGAUACAAAAGAUGGCUGACAAGGCCAAGAUGGAGAUUGGCAGCACUAAGGAACAAGCACAAGAGAAGGAUACCCUCCGCGAAGCCAUGGGAACAAAACUUGCCAGCCUCAUUCCCAUCGUUGAAGGCGACAUGCACGACCUCAAGGCCGAUGUCGAAAGGCAGGCCGUGGUCACCAUGCAGUCUCUCACCACACUCCUGUCCAACGACGAUGUUGCUCCCAGAAUCCCUCUGUUGAUCGAGACCAUGCACCAUCCAUCAACUCAAUCACUCCAAAAGGCUGUUCAUGCCCUCUCGCAGACGACCUUCGUUGCCAUUGUCACUUCUCCUGUUCUCGCCCUCCUUACGCCUUUCCUCGAACGUACGCUCAACAACCCUUCUACCACACAAGAGGUGCUACGCCAGAGCGUUGUCAUCACCGAAAACUUGACCAAGUUGGUCCACGACCCUAUCGAGGCGCGUAUCUUCCUGCCCAAGUUGCAGCCUGGUGUCAAAGGUGUCUAUGACAGAGCUUCACUGCCAGAGGUGCGUGAGCUCGCACAACGUGCCAUGGAUGUCAUGGACAAGGCCAUGGCGACUGGCCACGAUGAAGCCAUCGUGGAGAGAACUUCUGCCGAAGAUGUUGCCAAAGUGCUGGACUCCGUCAUCAAGAAAAACGGAGGUUUUUCGUGCGAUCUGGAAUUUUUCAAGAACGCGCGCCUUUACGUCUGCGGCAUGGUCGCCGAAGAUGUAAACCACCGUCAAGUGGACCGCAUCACAGCUAGGAUCGCCCCGUACCUGAAGGGCCUGAUGCGCCAGGACGGUGCCAAUGAAUCCGUUGCAUCUUCCGUCCAGCAAUACUACGUGGACGAGGACCACCGCAAGUAUGGUGUUCCUGAGAGGGAGGACGAUGGCGAGACUGAAAUUGUUAAUGCCGACUUUUCGCUUGCCUAUGGUGGCAUGCUUCUUCUUUCUCACACGAACCUGCGCCUCCUCAAGGGUCACCGAUACGGUCUUUGCGGUCGAAACGGUGCUGGAAAGUCGACCCUGAUGAAGAGCAUUGCAGGCGGCAAGCUUGAAGGAUUUCCGCCUCAAGACGUUCUUCGCACGUGCUACGUUGAGCACAACCAGGGUGAAGAUACCGACAUUACCAUUUUGGAUUUCAUGGCCAAGGAUCCUACUAUCGCUUCGGCGGGUAGAGAGAAGAUCUCCGAAGUUCUGGCCGAGUUCGGAUUUACCGCUGGUCCUGAGGGCCGCCAAUCUCAAAAGGUCGGCUCAUUGUCUGGUGGAUGGAAGAUGAAGCUCGCAUUGGCUAGAGCCAUGUUGCAGAAGGCUGAUGUGCUCUUGCUUGACGAACCUACCAAUCACUUGGACGUUGCCAACAUCAAGUGGCUGGAGAACUACCUGAAGACCCACACCGACAUCACCAGCUUGAUCGUUUCCCACGACUCCGGAUUCCUGGACAACGUCACGACCGACAUUUAUCACUACGAGCCUGGCAAGAAGCUAGGCCACUUCAAGGGCAACUUGAACGAUUUCGUCAACAUCAGGCCCGAAGCCAAGGCUUACUACACGCUUUCUGCGUCUAACGUCCAGUUCAAGUUCCCGCCACCCGGAAUCUUGUCAGGCGUCAAGUCGCAGACGCGAGCAAUCAUCCGCAUGAGCAACGUUUCCUACCAAUACCCGAAAGCUCCUAAGCCUUCAUUGAGUGAUGCGACUUGCCAACUGACGCUCUCGUCUCGAGUUGCCGUCAUUGGUCCCAACGGUGCUGGCAAGUCAACUCUGAUCAAAAUCCUGACUGGCGAGGUCGUCCCAACCGCGGGCAGAGUCGAGAAGCAUCCGAACUUGCGUAUUGGGUACAUCAAGCAGCAUGCUCUGGAGCACGUUGAAAUGCAUCUUGAGAAGACCCCCAAUCAGUACCUACAAUGGCGUUACGCCAACGGUGACGAUCGGGAAGUUUUCCUCAAGCAGACUCGCAUUCUCUCCGAUAAGGACCGCGAGCAGAUGGACAAAUUCAUUGAUCUCGGCGACGGCAAUGCUAGCCGUCAGCUAGAGGCUCUUGUCGGUCGGCAGAAGUGGAAGAAGUCCUUCCAGUACGAGGUAAAAUGGAGAGCCACGCUUCCUAAGUACAACUCCCAAGUUUCCCGCGAGACUCUUAUCGAAUGGGGAUUCAACAAGCUGGUCCAAGAAUUCGAUGACCAUGAAGCGUCGCGUGAAGGUCUUGGUUAUCGUGAACUGCAGCCCACCGUCAUCAGCAAGCACUUUGAAGACUUGGGCCUCGACCCUGAUAUUGCAAACCACAACGAGAUUGGCUCGCUUUCUGGUGGACAGAAGGUCAAGGUCGUCAUCGCCGGUGCCAUGUGGAACAACCCCCAUUUACUUGUUCUCGACGAGCCGACUAAUUUCUUGGAUCGUGACUCGCUGGGCGGCUUGGCCAUUGCCAUCCGUGACUUCAAGGGAGGUGUAGUCAUGAUUUCUCAUAACGAGGAAUUCGUUGGCGCCUUGGCGUCUGAGCAGUGGCACAUCAACGACGGGCGUAUGACCAUGAAGGGCAAUGCGGCCGUCGAUGCUUCACGAUUUGAGGGAUCUCCUUCCAACUCUGGCCUCACAUCGGGCGUUACGUCCACAGCUGCAUCUAGCGCUGUCAGCUCCGCUGUCAACAGUGGUACUGAGGAUAACAGCGACAUGAAGUUCAAGGGGAGGAAGAAGAGAAAGAAGACCAAGAAGGAGCUCAAGGAGCAGGAAGUCCGAAGACGGUUGAGACAUAUCGAAUGGCUCAACAGUCCCAAGGGAACACCGCACCCGCCUGACACUGACGACGAGGAAUAAGGGGUAAAACUCGACGAUGGCCGAGCUGAUGACUUCACGAACGUUGAGGACGAUCUCGAUACAUUGUGGUUUGUCUUUGGGAUAAAUUCUAUGUAGCUUGCAUUGGUACUAGACAGCCAUUCUGGUGCUGCGCAUAGACGGAAAGGACAUAGAGGCGUUAAUGAUAGAUGGACUGGUAAUGGUAGAUAUAAAAUGCGACUCAUGAAAUGUUUCUGUCUCACGGCUCUUUCUCUUGGGAAUUGACUAUUUAAG